GUUUACCGAAAGUCUCGCAUUGGAGAUCAGCCUACACAGCAGUAGGCAAGAGCGCAGCAGCAGACACAACUGUAGGUUUGUAGAUGGAACAACAACGCACUGUGAUUUCAACACGGACCAAGAAUAUUCCGUACGUAAGGUUGAGAGGGCUUAAGGUGUGACGAGUUUGCCCAGUGUUUCCUCAAGCCGUUUGGUUGACAUGAGAGCUCCGAGUCCUGUCUAGUGUUGAUCAGAAAGGCAGGGAGGGAGGUGUCCGUCCACUAUCCUCUGUUCAUCAUCAUUCUCCACAGCACCAGCGCCAUCGCAUCCCGACCCGGAGCUUUGUGUUGCGGCUGGGCAUUUCUGAUUUUCAGACUGUAAUGAGAGACAGACUUGUGUUUAAGUGUCUUCUGUUGGAAUAAUGUUGCCAGGCGUGGGUGUGUUUGGGACAGGGCAGACAGUACGAGCCUUGGUGCCUUUACUCCAAAAGGAAGGCUUCCCUGUUCAGGCGGUCUGGGGUCGUACGCAAGAGGAAGCUGAAUCACUAGCCAGCGAGUUGGACAUUCCCUUUUCCACCAGUCAGACAGAUGAUGUGCUGCUUCAUCCGGAGGUCCAUCUUGUUUGCAUACUGACACCGCCACCACACACGCGGCAGAUUGCAGUUAAAGCUCUAGGUAUAGGUAAAAAUGUGAUCAGCGAGCAAGCCGCCACGCUGACGGAUGCCUGCAAGAUGGUGACAGCGGCUAGAUAUUACCCACAGCUUAUGAGUAUCAUGGGAAAUUCCUUGCGCUUCUUGCCUGCCUUUGUCCACAUGAAACGUCUGCUUGGAGAGGGAUAUUGUGGGAGCUUGCAGGUAUGUGAAGCACGUGUCUACGGUGGCUCUUUGCUCAGCCAGUCGUAUGGAUGGGCGUGGGAGGAGCUCAUGGGUGGAGGUGGCCUGCAUACAGUCGGCUCCUGCAUCAUUGACCUCCUCAGCCACCUCACAGGAUGCCGGGCUGUGCGCGUGCAUGGAAUGCUCCGGACAUUCGUACGUCAAGGUGGCCCAGCUGGAGGCAUUCGUUCUGUAACCGCAGAUGACUAUGCGUGCUUUCAGCUGCUGAUGAGCGGCGGCGCAGUCUGCAGCGUCACAUUGAACUUCAAUCUACCUGGCACAGAUGUGCACGAGAUCAUGCUUGUGGGAUCAUCAGGACGACUCGUUGCUCGAGGAACAGAGCUGUUUGGCCAACGAAUUAACAUGCAAGCAGAGGAGCUACUUCUAAGUGAUGGUGGAGAAGCCACAGGACCGUCGGUCAGAGGAUUGAAUAGCAUGGUGACGCAGCUCAGACUCUCUUUCCAGGCACAGGAGGACAGGCGCUCUUGGGCACGGCAUCCUGUUUCGAUGGCAGCCUCGUUUGAGGAUGGACUGUAUGUACAGACAGUUGUGGAUGCCAUCAAACGCUCAAACCGCACUGGAGAGUGGGAGUCAGUGGAGGUCAAGAUUCAGGAGGUUGACCCAAAUCAUAACCACAGAACCCUGCCAAACUAACACUACACACACUGUUACAUUCUACAUGUAUACGAUCUCAAGACCAGAUGCCUAUUAAUGUCACUCAGCUUCUUUUACAAGUACUAAAGCCGUGCUUUCAUUUUAAACACAGAGUGCGAAGGAAAAUGCUUAAUUUAAAUGAAUGUUUAAGCAAACUAACUGACAUUUUAAGGAGUUGUAAACACUGGAGAUGAGUCACUGGAUAGGAAUCCUCAUUUCAGGGUUGUUUUAAUGCAGUGUUUCUCAACCACGCUCCUGGAGGACCACCAGCUCUGCACAUUUUUCAUUCUCCUUAACCAAACACACCUGAUUCAGAUCAUCAGCUCAUUAGCAGGGACUGAAAGACCUGUAAUGGGUGUGACAGACAAAGGAGACAUCCAAAACAUGCAGUGUUGGUGGUCUUCCAGGAACAUGGUUGAGAAAUAGUGUUUUAAUGCUUAUUUACUGUAAGAAAAAAAAUGGAUGUGUGAAGCUUAGCUGUGAAUUUUAUCAGUGCUUUCCCUGUUUUUAUGCGAGUCACUGGGGUUUAAUUGUGAGGCUGUUUUUACUUGAGUGGUAGAUAUAAUAAGCUUAUGUUUUGCUUGUUAUUUUUUUCUGUAUGUAUGUACGAUUUUUAAGGCACUGAUGAACUUACUAUGCUGGACACCAGAUGUCAUUUACUGUAAUAAACCUCUCGUGACUUAUAGACUUUUAACGGUUCUACAAAGCUGCACAAAAGUUUAUUGAAUUAUAUUUUUAUUGCUAAACUUUUGUCUGUGCACUGUUUAAGUGAGAGUGAUGGGUUUGUGUCUGAAUGGUGCUUUAUAUUCAUUGAAAUAUUAUUAAUAAAUAUUUACUUAAUGUA